AUGUGUCUCAUGUCCCAUGCCUCCAAGUGGUCUGCUGCCUGCCUCGCAGCUGAUCUCCCGCCAAGCUCCUGGAUUAGCGAGGAUAUUUUGUGCACCCAUUUGGCGGAGAUGGAUGAUAGCCAUAUCCUUGGUGAGGAUCUGCCCCUCCCGCCAGCGCGGCUCUUUCAAAGGCUCGCGCAACUGCCCGGAUACACUUGGGACCAAUCUAUCGAACCGUUUCAUUCAACGUAUAAUCACUGGCAUGUCUUUGGCCUCCGACAUGCUGCCGACACCGACGCCUCGACCCCGCUCGCGACCUCGUCUGGACCGUCGAGUAUAACGCGCAGUUCUCCACGAACCGACGCACGACCGCCCUUCCGCCAUCACUGGAGAAGCAGUUUGAGCGAAUCUAGCAGCGAGCUGUCGCUCUCCCGUACCGAGCAUGAGUUUGUGUGGAUUCCUGUGGUAGCUAGGGUGUCGUCGCAUGUCGUUCGGUUGGAGCAUUGCAACCAUACCAUACGACCGCUAGAUCUCAUUCGUCUGCCCUCAGACCCUGGCGAUUUAGGGCCUCUUCUGGUGGCCAUCUUCGAAUCCCCGGGAUUGAACAUGUUACAGGAAUUGGUUGCGUUCGGGCCGGCAUGGUUUGCGAUUGGCGGCAGAAAUGAGAGCGUGGAACCAAGCCCUGGAGAGCAGGUUUCUCUGUCUGUGUUCCUUGACUUUUCAAUUGGCGCGUGUGACUGCCUGGAGCUCCUCCACUACGGGUUGAGAACGGUGCACGGCGAGAUCCGCCCAGACGCCUUUCACUUCAACCGGGAAGCCAGGUCUGUGAAAUUGAUGAACACGGGGAAUGGCGCCAAGGCUUUCGAUAAUGUACUCAGUGAGGGCUGGCUGACAAUAUCGAGAGAGAUUGGCGUCAAAAACAAAUUGCAAUUCAUUGCACCAGAACAAACGGGAAGGAUGCCCACAGAGCCCGACAGCCGAACUGACAUCUACGCCCUGGGUGUGCUUUUCUGGACUAUGUUAGUCGGAAAGCCAGCGUUUACAGGUAGUGAUCCAGUCGAAGUCGUACAAAAUGUUCUUGGGAAAAGGUUGCCGCCAGUCUCAGCUAAGAGGAUGGAUAUUCCCGAUGCUGUUUCUGCGGUGAUUCAGAAAAUGACACAUAAAGCGGUCAAUGAACGAUACCAUACUAUAUCCUCGGUGAAAAGAGACCUGACGCAGAUUUCUCAGUUGCUUGGUGAUGGCGACAGCAAGGCGCUCAAAGACUUCCAAGUUGCACAGCGCGAUGUGUCUUCGUUUUUCACGCUCCCGUCCAAAAUGUUUGGACGGCAGGGGGAAUACGACAAAGUAUUAAGUGUGGUUGAAAAGGUGGCAAGACGUCAGCAGUCCUCUUAUUCCAAGGCGGCCACCCAGAUUUCAAGCAGGCUUGGGUCAAAUUCUUCUCUGUCAGAGGGACGAGUUGAUAGUUUCGACCUCGCGUCAGUCUCCAGUGACUCUGGCUCGUUCCAACUGAAUCCCAGAACUAGUACUAACGGCACUGCCUACAACAUUGGACGCGCUUCGACGCAUGAGUCCUUUCAUAGCACUGAAUCUUCUCUAUCUACGCCGAAGCCUGUCACUAGCAAACCAAAGAGCCCGGUGGAUCCGCGCCAGACGUGGGAUAAUACGGAUCAAGAUGUUGCUCAAAGCUACGACAGUCCGAUGGUUCCGAUCAGCCGGCAUAAAAACCCAAGCAAAUUCCGUCGAUACGGCAAAUGCGAGGUUAUCGCGAUUAGCGGUGCGGCUGGGAUUGGGAAAACUGAUUUGCUGAAUCGUAUUCAGCCAGCUAUACGUAAAUUAGGCUAUAUAGGCAUCGCCCGGCUGGAUCGGGCAAGAAGGGUGCCUUUCGAGCCGUUCGCCAAGGUUCUUGCUAGCCUCCUUCGUCAGAUUUUCUCCGAACGGGAUGUCACGACAGAAUACCAUAACAGUGUCCGCUGCGCGUUGAGACCGAUGUGGUCGACCUUACAUAGAGUCUUGGAGCUUCCAGAGCAACUCAUGUCACCAGGUACCAAUGAAAAGCAGGUGUCUCCCAAAUGUACGGCGGCCCAGUAUAUCUUCAAAGAUAUGACGAGGGGUGAACCGUCGAAGACACCUCUUCCGCGUCUUAGUCAAGGACAAACAUCCGUGGAUUUCUUUCUCACUAAUGCGGCGUCAAAGAACAUGAGGCUGAUGGAAACAUUUUUGGAUAUCCUGAGAACACUUUCUCAGUUCAAGAUGAUUUGUGUGUGCAUCGAUGAUUUACAUUACGCAGACGAUGAGACCAUGGAGUUGAUUACAAACAUUGUCAGAAUGAAGAUUCCGUGCGUUCUUAUACUCACGAGUCGAAAGUCGGAGCUUGAAUCUGAUGCGAUAAAAUCACUUUUCGAAAAUGACAACCCCUCAGUGACAAGGAUAAUAUUGAAGCCACUCUCAGAAGAAGAGGUAAUGGAGAUCGUGGCAGCCACAAUGCACCAACCUCCAAAUCCGACGUUGACCCCUCUCGCAGCUGUCAUCCAGGAGAAGAGUGUGGGAAAUCCUUUCUAUGUCCGUAUGAUGCUAGAGACUUGUUAUAGCACGAAUUGCAUCUGGUAUUCUUGGAAGAACUCAAUGUGGGAGUUUGACCUCGACCGGAUCUUCACUGAGUUUGUGGCACCUAGGUAUGGUGAGGGACUGGGACUAGGUUUUAUCACCAGACGUUUACAGGAGCUCCCGCCGGCGGCACGCUCAAUUCUCGUAUGGGGCGCCUUAUUGGGAAGCCCGUUCUCAUUUUCCUUAGUACAAAAGCUACUUACAAGCGAAUUUCUCUACUCUAGCGAAGAUGAUGAAGUGGUUGAUCUUACAUGUCCCCAGAACGCGAACCUCAUCAGACAAUCUGAGGCCGAUAUCGUUGUUGGAUUGCAGUUUGCGGUACAGGCGAACUUUAUCAUACCUGGCAGCACUGAUGAUGAAUUCAGCCGUUAUGCAAUGGCACGACAUGUGGCCCAGGCUUCCCGAAUCAUCAAAUCUCGUGUCGUUGAGAGACUCGAUUAUCGGAAGAUUCUAUGGGACGCAGCACAGAUCGCCGCGCAAUCGGGGGCGCGCCCAACCGCACUCUGGUACUACCGCCACUGUCUUGACCUCCUGCAAGAUAACCACUGGGAUGACAAUGGCAUCGAUGUCUACUACGAUGAGACAUUACGUCUUUAUACCGCUACAGCGGAGAUGGCUUGGUCUCAAGGAUUUAAUUCGGAAGCUCUCGACUUGCUAUACAAGAUAUUUCACCAUGCUAAAACGGCUGUUUGUAAAUCAAGGGCUUGGAUUAUCAAAGCAAAAUUAUUCGCUCAGCUGGGCGACCAUCCUCGGUCCAUGAAUUCGUUGCUUACAUGUUUGGAAGAGCUUGGCGUGCAUCUCCGGGAACCGACAAGCUACGAAAAUUGCGACGCGGCUUACAAAGUGCUUAAGGGCCACAUUGAACGAGCGGAUUUGAGCGAGAUGGCUCAUAAGUCUGUCAGCAAGGAUAUCAACACGGUCACAAUCGGAACGGUGAUGGCGGAAGCGAUGUCAGUUACCUUCUGGGAUGAUGGGCUCACAUUCUAUCGGAUGGCAAUUGAAAUGAUGAACCAUCAUCUUUUUCGAGGGGGUUUCAUCCAAAUCUGUAUCGGUUGCUCCCACCUUGCCAUGAUUGCCUUCAGCAGAUUCCGGGAUCUUGAUUUCGCUGUAAAACUCAGCGAAUUAGCUCUUACUCUACUUGACCGGUGCCCGGAGCUUUGGACGCGCAGUCGCGGAUCUAUUGUCUAUAACUUCUACGUUGGCCAUCUGCGGGGACCUCUGGCGUCCACGCUUCCAGCCCUCGAAGCCUCAGUUGAGACGUCGCUCGUCUUGGGUGAUCCGUACAUAACUCUGAUCACCAUUUCAGCAAUGGCAAUGACGAGGCUAUUUCUUGGUCACGACCUGGUACUGGUUGAGGUAUUCUGCAACGACAGCCCUAUGGAAAUUAAUGACUGGGAGGUUGACACUCGGGGCGGAGCCACACUUGUUGCUGUUAGGCAAGUUGCGCGGGCUCUACAAGGGAAGACUGAAUAUAGGGUGGCCGACACAGUGCUGAAUGAUGAUAGCCAUAUAACCACCGAAUACAUCGACUUUCUGGAGAAGAAUGCCAGCAACCCCGACCGUCCACGUGACAUCUAUUAUGCCCUCUCAAUGAUCCCGUUGUAUCUCUACGGGCAUCAUGAGAAGGCCAUUAAGCUGGCCACGGAAAUGGACGAAAGUAUUUCCAGACUUUGGUCCUCUCGGGUUUCCUACGUUGUCUAUUUCUACGCCGCCCUUUCUCACUUGACGAUGCACAAUGACAACCCAACGACAGCAUAUCUUGACGGCAAGUUGGAUGUUGUAUUGAAGUACAAGGCCGAAAUCGACUUUGCACGGCGCGCAUGCGAUGCGAACUACGGAAUGUGGGCGCUGAUUCUAGAGGCGUUGGUCUAUGAGGUCCAAGAUGACCACACAUCUGCGCUUCAAUCAUUCGAGGCGGCAAUCGAUCAUUGCCAGGUCCAUCAAUAUCCAAUGGAAGAAGCUCUCGCUCUAGAGCUUUAUGGGGAAUUCCUAGUCCGCCGGGGCGCGAAGCGGGCAGCUCGCUCUGUGAUGCAGGAUGCUAUUACUGCUUGGGCUGCGAUAAGUGCCGUUGGCAAGGCAUCCCAGCUGACCGAGAAGCACGAAUGGCUAUUGAGAACAGCUACUUCUUGCCGAAGUGUAGAUGUUGGCUGCCAAACAGUCGACUCACUGCUUGGAAUCGACCAGGACGUUGGGCAAGAGCAUGUUGGGGUAAACCAAGCUUUGCAAGAAGAGGAUCGGAAACAUCGCUGGCUGGAGCAGAGUGGCGCUACUGCUACAACAGCAGGUGAGCGGUCACUUGAUAUAUCUGGCGUCGGACUUGACAUCAUCGACUUGUCAAGUAUAUUGGAAUCUAGCCAAGUGAUGUCUUCUGAGCUUCAAAUUGAUAAGCUUAUGACGAAGAUGAUUGAAAUUGUUCUCGAGUCGUGCAACGGUUCUGACUUUGCAGUAAUUGCAACGAACUUUGACAACCACUUUACCAUUACUGCUGCUGGAGAUCUUGAGAGAGGACAGAGGUCAUUCGUUGAUGGCCUGCCCUUCUCCGAAAUGGAUGACAAAAUGGCUCAACAAAUAACUCAUUAUGUCAUGCGUACCAGGGAGGAGGUCCUCGUCCAUAAUGUUUUUGAGGACGAGCGCUUCAGCAACGUUAGUGAAGCCUAUCAUACACGAAACCCCAUGAGUCGAUCUGUGAUUGCGUUGCCCAUAAUGCAAGGAGAGCACCUCCACGGUGUCAUCCAGGUUGAGGGGAAACCAAACUCAUUCACUCAACGGAAUCUUGUCGUGCUCCACCUGCUGUGCAAUCAAAUCGGGAUCUCGUUGUCCAACGCGCUGCUUUUCCGCGAAAUCCGCAAAGUCGGCGCCACAAAUGCUUCAAUGGUGGAAUCCCAGAAACGAGCCCUUACCCAGGCUCGGGACGCGGAGCAGAAGGCAAAGGUAGCAGAGGCAGAAGCUAAACACAAUGUGAAGCUGAAAGAAGAUGCCGCCAAGGCAAAGUCCAUCUUCCUUGCUAAUAUCUCCCAUGAUCUGAGAACUCCGAUGAAUGGCGUUAUUGGCCUGUCUGAGUUGCUCAAGGGAACAAAAUUGGAUCGGGAGCAGGAUGAAUACGUUGAAUCGAUCCGUGUCUGUGCCGAUACACUUCUGACCCUCAUCAACGACAUCCUUGACUUCUCGAAACUCGAAGCAGGUAAGAUGAAAAUCUCUACCGUCCCUCUGAACAUCAAAGAGACAAUCUCAGAAGUUGUCCGAGCGCUUCGCUACACCCACCGAGACCGAGGACUCGAAACAAUUGAAGAUCUAGACGAGGUUCCACCGGACCUUGUCGUCCUCGGCGACCCCGUCCGACUCCACCAAAUCUUCAUGAACCUUCUCAGCAACAGCUACAAAUUCACGCCCAAGGGAUCCGUCACCGUCUCAGCCAAAGUUACCCGCGAAGGCAAAGGCCGCGUUCGCCUCGAAUGCUCUGUCUCUGAUACGGGCAUUGGGAUCCCGGACGAGCAAAAGCCACGUCUCUUCCGACCUUUCUCCCAAGCAGACAGCUCCACCGCUCGCUCCUACGGAGGCAGUGGCCUCGGUCUAAGCAUUUGCAAAGCUAUCAUCGAAGACGUCCUCGGCGGCGCCAUCUGGCUCGACUCCGUCCCGGGUGCUGGCACAACCGUAACCUUCCACCUCUCCUUCAACAAAGUCAAGUCUGAGAGUGGCGACAAAAAUGCCCCUUGGUCCAAAUCCGCUAUAACAGACAAGACUGCUCCUCGCCCCGUCGCCCGCGACCUCUCCAUGAUCCCUCGCGACCAGAUUCGCGUGUGCAUCGCUGAAGACAACCCGAUCAACCAAAAGAUUGCCGUUCGCUUCGUCACCUCGCUCGGUCUCCAAUGCGAAGCAUACAGCGACGGCCAGCAAGCCGUCGACGCGCUACGUGCUCGUUCAAAGGAAGGAAAUCCUUUCCACGUCGUGUUGAUGGAUGUCCAGAUGCCCACAUUAGACGGAUACAACGCGACACGUGAGAUCCGGAAGGAUCCCGACCCGAACGUUAACGAGGUCCUCGUCAUCGCGAUGACGGCGAGCGCUAUUGAGGGAGACCGUGAGAAAUGCCUCGAGGCCGGCAUGAACAAUUACCUACCCAAACCGGUGCGCUCGAACAUCUUGAGUGAUAUGCUGGAUAAUUAUCUCGCGCCCGUGCCAACUUUCACGAGGACGAGAAUGUCUCCGGCUGCUCGGGGAAGGGGGAGUAUCAGUACCGAUUCUGCGUCUGUGGCGUCGAAUAGUAUUAGUAUUGCCUCGUCUGGUGCUACUUCUGUUUCCGGCUCUGAUGGAGCUGGCCAUGCUCUUCCUGAACAAAAGUCCCAGUCGCACUCUACAUGA